CAUUAUAUAUCCAUCAUCCGCCGCCCGCUUCGUCGUCGUCGCUCCCGCAACUCUCGGUUUGAAGGAGGGAAGAGGCUCUCGACUAAAGAAUGAGCAAGUUACAGAGUGAUGUCCUGAGGGAAGCAAUCUCCCAAGUUGCUGGUGAUUCUAGGGAGAAGAAACGUAAAUUCACUGAAACAGUGGAGUUGCAAAUUGGGCUGAAAAAUUAUGAUCCCCAAAAGGACAAGAGAUUCAGUGGAUCUGUGAAGCUACCCCAUAUUCCUCGCCCUAAAAUGAAGGUUUGCAUGCUUGGAGAUGCUCAACAUGUGGAGGAGGCAGAGAAGAUAGGACUUGACUACAUGGAUGUGGAAGGCUUAAAAAAGAUGAACAAAAACAAAAAGUUGGUUAAAAAACUUGCAAAGAAGUACCAUGCUUUUCUUGCAUCAGAGGCUAUUAUCAAACAGAUCCCUCGUCUCCUUGGCCCUGGUCUUAACAAGGCAGGGAAGUUUCCUACAUUGGUUACUCACCAGGAAUCUUUGGAGUCUAAGGUUAACGAGACAAAAGCAAUGGUAAAAUUUCAACUUAAGAAAGUUCUUUGCAUGGGAGUUGCUGUGGGCAACUGUGCGAUGGAGGAGAAGCAGAUCUUUCAGAAUGUGCAGCUCAGCGUGAAUUUCCUUGUGUCUUUGUUGAAGAAGAACUGGCAAAAUGUCAGGUGCUUGUACCUGAAGAGCACCAUGGGAAAGCCGUAUCGAGUGUUCUAAGCAGCUCCUUUGCGCCGGCUGGUGACGGAUGAAAUAGAUUGUUGCUGUCGCAUUCCCUUUUCUUUUGUUUAUCAAGCAGUAUGGAAGGACUGAGGGUAUUAAGCACUUUCGAAGAUCCUAUUUCGUCAUUUUAAUCAAAAUUUUGUUAUUUGAGCACUGUGGACGGAGGGUGUCAACACCUGCAAAUUAGUUGGUUUCUGUUGUUAUGGAAAGAGACGGUUCACCAAAUGCAUGGAUUUGU